AUGGAAGUUAGCGAAUACUCUCUAAACUCACUAGUCAAUAAAAGAUUCGAAGAAUUUCUACAAGAAUCACACGAUGAAAUGCACCAAUUUUUUGAAGCCCACAGAGCAGCUAAUGUAGAGGUAUUCACUAACUCCCUCCAUAAGUGAGGAAAUUUUUAAUAGUGUGAAUUUUUUUAAAUCAACUUUAAUUUAUAAAAUUAUCUUUUAGAAUGCAAAUUAGUUAGAGUUUCAUUUUAAUAAUUAUUGUUUAUGUAUAAAAAACAAUUUUUGCUCCCAGAAGUGAGUUUUCUACCUAAAAAUCAGAUUUUUUAAAGAGUUUGCUCGCUCAUAAGAGUAACGAAAAAAAAGUGCUCCAAGAAAAAAUCGAAUCUCAAAUAAAUGAAAUUAACCAACUCAAAGCUACUACACUUUGCCUCUUCAACCUGUAGAUUUGACAAGUGAAAACCAUAGUGACACUUUUCAACUUGUGGGUUGACUUGACAAUUAAUGUUACCCGAGUUACCCCACAGAUUGAGGCAGCAAAGUAUAGUCCAGGCCAUCCAAAGUAGGCUCUGGGCUAUACUAUUUAACCAUUAUAAAGCAGAAAAAUCAAAAUCCAAGUUUCAUGCAUAUCUUGUAUGUAAAAAUGUGAAUGGAAAAAGAGUAAAGAAAAAGGUUAUGGACUCAUGAAAAGACUUUUUAGUUGAUAGUUUAAAGAAGAAAAAGAUGAAUGAAUAUUUAGCCACUUUUUAUAAGCGUGGGCUGCUUAAAAGAUCGUGCAGAGGCUGAAAAAAUGAGCUGCAAGUAAAUCAGCGGAAAAAUAUAGAUCAAGCCACUGAAAGAAAAAUUAGAGAAGCUGUAGAGAAAGCUGUUAAGGAAAGGAACCAAGAGCUAGAAAUUUUAAGGAAAAUGGUUACUGAAAUAUCUGAUGAUCUGAAAAAUGAAAAUCUGGCAAAAAAUCAUCUUCAGUACCAAUGUGAUCAAGCACUAUUAAGAAGCAUGUCUGCAUUGCAUCUUGAAAAUAUGACAAUAAGGCAAGUAAGUAUCGAGAAUAAUAAAGCUUUAACACAAACUAGCAGAAAUUUAUUGUUUACACCAGAUAAAGCAGCAGUUUUUAGAUAA